AUGUGGAUCUUCAGGGUGAAGCGGCUGCCAGGUUCUCCACCUAUCUUCAAGGCGCGGUACGUGGCUCGUGGCUUCAGUCAGCGGCAGGGAGUUGACUACUUUCAGACCUUCUCUCCAACCCCGAAGAUGACCACUCUUCGGGUGCUGCUGCACAUAGUCGCUCAACGUGAUCACGAGCUUCACUCCCUUGACUUCAGCACUGCUUUCUUGCAGGGUAGCCUGCAUGAGGAGAUCUGGCUGCGCCGUCCACCUGGCUUCACUGGGACUUUUCCUCCUGGCACCCAGUGGAGCCUCCGACGGCCAGUCUACGGUCUCCGCCAGGCACCGCGUGAGUGGCACGACACACUGAGGACUACGCUUGCGGCUCUUGGGUUUGCUCCCUCUACUGCCGACCCGUUGCUGUUUCUACGCACCGACACCUCUUUGCCGCCGUUCUACAUCCUCGUGUACGUCGACGACUUGGUCUUUGCCACUGCUGACACUGCUGGACUCGCCCACGUGAAACCGGGGCACAUGGCUGCAGCGAAGAGGGUGUUGCGCUACUUGUGCAAUACGUCGCGCAUGGGGCUACUGCUUGGAGGGCAGAGUCCAGUGGUCCUCACUGGGCACGCAGACGCUUCUUGGGCUGACGACCAGACUACGCAGCGGUCGUCACAGAGUUACACCUUCAGCCUUGGUUCCGGCUCUGUUUCGUGGCGGGCUACCCGCUCGUCUUCUGUUCUCGGCUCCAGUUGUGAGGCUGAGAUCUACGCCGGGGCCAUGGCUGCACAGGAGCUUCGCUGGCUCACGUACCUGCUGACUGACCUCGGAGAGCCGCCUCGUUCUCCUCCAGUGCUGUACGUAGAGAACAAGGCCAUGCUGGCCUUGUGUCGGGAGCAGCGCCUGGAGAACAGAAUGAAGCACAUUGCUCUCCGGUACUUUCUUGCUCGUGAGCUGCAGCAGCGUGGUCAGUUGCGACUUGCGUACGUGGCCUCUGAGGCCAACACUGCUGAUAUCUUCACUAAGACACUUGCGCCUUGUGAUCAUCAGCGCUUCUGUACACAGCUUGGUCUUGUGCCUACCUUGCCUCACUUGCUCACUUCUUGA